AUUUAGGUGCUUGAUGAACAACCAUGGAUGCUCAUCAAAUUGUAUAUAUAGGCCCUGAAACUGGCACGAUGGAUUCAAUUCAAAAUCGUUUCUUAUUGAGAGUUACUAGAUUAUUUUACAACAUUUCAUCGUCAAAGUUAGGCAAAUGCAUUUUUAUAUUUUUACAUCGAAGGAAAACGCUUAUCAUCCGAAUAGAAUUAUUUCAUUUAGCAACAGUUUGUGAGAAAUAUUUGCUGCUAAAACAACAAGUCUUCAACGAAUUGAAUGAAGAUGGCAUCUACACAACAACACAACUGUUAUGUCGUGUUUGCGAUCACGAUUAUCAUGGCCUCAGGUUUAAACGGAGGAGCAGCAAUGAUGCACCAGUGCGGUGAGGAACAAUACGAUCCACGAACAGCAAUAUGCUGCGGUGGGCAAGUCGAGCGGCCACAGUCAACCUCCUCUUCAAUCCGAGCGUGUUGCGGAGGAACAGAGACUGGAACGUUUUACUUCAUUGGGCAACAGGUUUGCUGUGGCGGCAGACUCAAAGAUGUUACAGCAGAUCUUAAGUGUUGCAAUGAUCAUCACUUCUAUAACGAAAGCACCCAUACUUGCUGUGGAGCUGAAAUUAUCGCCAAAUCCGAAGGAAAAGUGUGUUGUCCUGGACCCAACAACAGAUGGCAAGGAUUCUUAGGGGACAGGGAAGGAAACCCGGAGUGUUGUGGAACCAGCGGUCCGUACUGGCCAGAGACACAGCUCUGCUGUCAGGCCGGAGCUUCUGCAAUCAGAGAGCGACUGGGUGGGGAGAACGACGAGUGCUGCGGUCUGAACAGAAUGGAUGCUUCGACUCACAUGUGCUGUGGGAGGGAGCAAAGACCGAGGGAGCCAUUUAUGGAGUGUUGUGGCCGUGAUACAUACAACGUGACAACGGAAAUUUGCUGUGGAGGUGUAAUAGUCCCAAGAGGUCCAAAUGGUGGAUACGAGUGUUGUGGUCGUCGUCUCUCGUACAAUCCACAGAAUGAAGUCUGCUGUUUCGGUCGAGUUCAUCCAAUCGGCAAUGGGAAAUGCUGCACUGGAGCAAGACAGUCCGUGAACCCCUAUCAGCCAGGCGAGCAGUCUUGUUGUAACUCUCGGAUCAGUUCUCUCCCCGAGAUUCCUGGCAUCAAGGAGUGUUGUAAUGAUGAAGCCUACCUCACAUCAUCUAAAAUGUGCUGUAAUGGAAACCUUUAUGACAGAGAAGAAAACAUGGAAUGCUGUGCAAGUGAUACCUUUAACACAAACACCCAUCUUUGCUGCAAUGGAAGCAUUCUCCCCAAGCUGUUCUCCAACGACCAGUGCUGCGGAUCCCAGAGGUUCGAUCCCACUUUCCAAUCGUGCUGCCUGAACCAAGUCAAAACGGGAGUUGGGAAAUGCUGUCGAUUGAGCUUGGAGGAGGCCCAGGUAUACGAUGAUCAGACUCAAACCUGCUGCGGGAGCAUGGAUUGGAACACUAAUGAUUAUUCCGGAAAUAUUUACGAUGUGCCUCCAUCACCCGCUUCGUGCUGUGGAGCUCACCUCCUUGCAGUCAAUCAGCUCUGUGACAACAAUAAGCCAAUUGAAAAAGAUGAUUCUACUCACAAUGAAAUCUGUUGGUACUACAAUAACGAUAUUCUAACAAAGGUGACAUUCAACAAAGAACAGAAGUACUGUGACAUCCGUAAUGGUUUGACUGCUAUUCCUCCUGGUCACAAGCUCUGUGGUAGCGGUACUUACAAUCCUGAGACACAUCUGUGUUGCGAUGACCAUGUUCAUUCCAUCGACCCUCGUGCCAAUGCCCGCACAGAUUGCUGUGGUUUCUACGCCUAUGACAAGACCUGGCAAUCCUGUCUCCUUGGAAAGGUCUUCGAUGGGAUUCCUCAAGAAUAUGCAGGAUAUUGCCGCGAUAAGGUAUUUGACAACCGAACCGACAAGUGCGACGUCAAUUUUGAGAUCCGUCCUAUAAGCGAGGUGAUGUUGUAUCCGGAGAGGUGCGGCACCGAACCUUAUGAUCCUGCAGAUAAGGAAUGCUGUAAUGGGGUGCUGAUAGCGUCCGGCUUCACCUGCUGUGAUGGCCUACGAGCUUGGGAGACCCCAGGGACAUUGCUAGGUGAAGGCCAAUGCUGCUCCAACCCACGGGAUGGCUCCUCUAAAGGCUACAACUCUCAAACGCAUAUCUGCUGCCUGGGAGAGGUUUACGACAGCAGAGAAAGAGAUAUCGAAUGCUGUGGCUCAAAUGCCUAUGAACCUUCAGACUCUAGUUCUAUGUGCUGCGGACAGCGCAUCCAUGACGUCACCGAUGGAAAGACGGAAUGCACGGGGACCACGCCGCACCGGGCUGACCAGGUUGUCUGCGAUGGGGUCGUUCAUCAAGCCGCCUCCAACAAAGUCUGUUGCGGAAAGAGCCUGAUAGACCCAGAGAACCAUGUAUGCUGCAGUGAUUAUCCAUACACGAAAGAAAGUCAAAACACCCAAUGCUGUGGCCAGGUAUCUUACGAUUCAUCAACCCAAACAUGCUGCGAGUCUUCCGUCCACCAACGUCGAUCAUCAGAUCACGAAUGCUGUGGCCAUCUCUAUUACAACACACAGGAACAGGAAUGCUAUCAGACGGGGGGACAUUCUUACGUUUUCAGCACUGACGCACUGGAGGAUGAAGCCAUGCUGUGCCUGACAGGAAGUUACGACUCCACUCGGCAUACGUGUUGUGGGGGCAUCCUCCACAAGCACAUCGUCAACGGCGAGUGCUGCGGGCACCGUGUUGUGCGCAACCCCGAUGAAGAGCUGUGCUGCGGCGGGAAGUUGAAACGCAAGGAACGCGGAUACACGGAUUGCUGCGGAGGGAAUCUCUAUAACCCCAAGGUGAACCAGUGCUGCGGAGGGAAGAUCCUAUCGCGUUACUCUAACUUCCGUCAAUGCUGCAAUGAUCGCAUCAUUCGUUCGGUCGAAGAGUGCGUAAAUAACUAGUCAUUGUUGGCAAACGCAAGUUACACUGAAAUAUUCUUACUGAGAAAAUCAGUUCUGAGUAACUUAAGUGAAUGUACAUGAUCUGAUAUUUAUUUGCGAAAUCGAUAGUUGUGAUACUCUUCACCUAUUCAUCAUGCUUUUAUUCAGUAAACUGUUGUUUCAGAUUGAAUCUUCAUUCAUGACCCUGCUGCCUUGUUAUUUAAAAUUUCACGGCAUUUAUGACAAGCCAUCAGUAUUUAAAAAAUUGUUUCAUAUAAGAAAUAUGGUUAUUCAAGGGAAAAAAAUCCCAGCACCUUGAUAUUUUUGUAAUUAAUAUGCUAUUUAUUCAUGGCCUUGAUGAAGAAAGCAAGACUUGAUUUCAUUUUGUAUACUUGUAUUUCAUAUUUGCCUGUAGGCAAUUGCUUACAGUAUAUACAUUAUGUCUGGCCCCUUAUAUGUGGUAUCAUUCUGAAAUGAUUUGUCUCUCUUUCUACUAUUUAAUGUUGUCAUGCUCUCUGAUUUGAUUAUUGUUGCUUGAGCAUUUAAUGACAUAUAGAGUAAGAAUGAUAAGAAUAGUGGCAUACUUACCCAGGGUAGCCACUUCAGUUCCGAAAACUGUUCUCCCAGCGGGCCCUGCUAUUAUUACCCCGGCUUUAGCACG